GUCCAAAAGUUCCUUUUGAAAAGAGGCGGUCACUAACCAAGUGCACGGAACUGGUUCAUCUCCGCGGUGGGACACUCAGCUAUUGUGCGUGUUGGGGAGGGAACUCGAAAGUCUCAGCUUUGUUAUACUUCAAUGAGAGGACGCGGAAGUAAACAGUCUUUAACGGAUUUGUUUUAUUUAACCUUUAUGAUUUUACGAAUAUGACGUUUUCCUUUUGAUGCGAACUUGCGAAAUUUUGACUGAAAUUAUGAUCUAGUAGGCAAAGCCCUGUCUGGCUGCGUAAAUUUCCCGGCCUCUUGUGACUGUCAACGCGUGGCUCUUUACAUGAGAUAAAGGUAAACAUUAACACAUGGUGAAUGCUACGAACUACCGAAACAAGAAUUGUUCUCUCCUCAGCUUCGUGACAGAAGACCGACUGCAGUCAUUUUGCAUCCCUAUUCCAACUCUUUGACCCUUCCACCGCUCGCCAUGGAAGCCACAGGAAAGUACGAGUUUAAUGCUACGGCUGAGGAUGAGCUGAGCUUCCGAAAGGGAGACAUCCUGAAAAUUCUAGGUAGUCAAGAUGAGUGGUUUAAGGCAGAGCUGCAUGGACAGGAAGGCUUUGUGCCCCAAAACUACACUGAGAGACAAACCCCAAGCUGGUUCAAGGAGACGGCAAGCCGCAGCUCUGCUGAGGAGCUCCUGAUGUCUAGGGAGGUGGGGGGAUUCCUGAUCCGUGGCAGUCAGAGCUCCCCUGGAGAAUUCUCCAUCUCUGUCAGACAUGAGUUUGACGUGCAGCAUUUCAAAGUGAUGAAGGACAGCAAAGGCCACUACUUCCUGUGGUCAGAGAAAUUCACUUCCCUCAACAAGCUGGUGGACUUCUACAAGAACACCUCCAUCUCCAAGACACGGGACAUCUACCUUAGAGACGGUAGUCGGGAUGACCAGAGCCCAUCCGCACCCCAACCGUUGAAGAGGGGGAGUCUACCUGAGGAGAGGAGCUAUGGGGCCCCUACUGCAGCCAUGUCACACCGCAGGGCCUCAGACCUUCCUCACAGUCAGCAGAGUAAGAGACCUGGGAUGGAGGUGAGGGCUCACACCAUAGGCACCCCUGGUAGAAACACCCCCCUAACCUCUCUCCCAGCCCCCCAAAGGACAUCUGAAACCAUGCCUCAUCCACAGAGGGCAGUCAUACAGGUGAAGGCAGUGUACGACUUCACAGCGGAGGAAGGGGACGAGCUUGGCUUCCGUGCAGGUGAUGUCAUUGACAUUUUGGAUCACUCUGAUCCAUCGUGGUGGAAAGGAAGAUUGCGGGGUAAAAGUGGUCUGUUCCCUGCCAACUAUACCACACCAUUAUGAGGAAAGCUUAGAGAGAGAGAGAAGUCGCUCUUUGGGCUUCUCCAAUCAUAUGGACUGUGAUGAUAAGAGUCGGGCAACACACAGAAACUUCAGCAGCUGGUGCUCAGCAUGAAACAAAUGACAUACCUAAAUGACAUUGAUUUAUAAGCAGAGGCGGACUUACCAUUAGGCAGAAGAGGCAAUUGCCUCAGGCCUCACAUCAUCAAGGUGCCUUGUGAGCUGGGCAUAAUAAUAAAAUACUAGCAAUCUUCUUUUUUUCCCAAUAAUGUCUCUGCAUGAGACCUCACAACUGGUUUAUAAUAAUGGACUAUUCCACCUUGACAGAGUUCCUGUGCAUUGUUUCACGCGAUAUGAUUGCAAAUUUGACUUUCAUUGUAAUUAAGCUGUAUCAAUUAGACGCUUUCACAGCGGGGCAGAGAAAUGUGCAAUUAACGCAACCAGUGAAAAUAAAAGGAAAGAAAGAAGAUUUAACAGAAAAAUGUUGUAAGUUAAUCCAUUUCUUUAGUCAAAAGACAAGUGCUGCUUGUAAUACUGGCAUUGUCAUCGAGGCAGAAGAAAUGUAUGUGUAGACAAUGUAUCUGAUGUAAUCUGGCCAAACAGAGCAUGGCAUGUCAUUCGCUUUUUGGCCAGACAGAAUCAGAUACAUUGGAACCAUAUAGAAAGACAGGGGCGUUGUUUGGCUCACUAGGAUAAUCGGAUCAUCUCCAGUGAAAUGUUGUUUGGCUCACUAGGAUAAUCGGAUCGUCUCCAGUGAAAUGUUGUUUGGCUCACUAGGAUAAUCGGAUCGUCUCCAGUGAAAUGUUGUUUGGCUCACUAGGAUAAUCGGAUCGUCUCCAGUGAAAUGUUGUUUGGCUCACUAGGAUAAUCGGAUCAUCUCCAGUGAAAUGUUGUUUGGCUCACUAGGAUAAUCGGAUCGUCUCCAGUGAAAUGUUGUUUGGCUCACUAGGAUAAUCGGAUCGUCUCCAGUGAAAUGUUGUUUGGCUCACUAGGAUAAUCGGAUCAUCUCCGGUGAAAUGUUGUUUGGCUCACUAGGAUAAUCGGAUC